CUUGUUGCUCUUCUCUUUAGUUCAUCCUCACUCACUCUCUUUUAGCCAUCAUGAGCAGGCAGGCUGUCUGGAGAUCCCAAAGUGGAGGUUACAGCAGUGGCUCUGCUGUCUUGCCUGGCAGGAGCCGGAGAGUGGCUGGAAGCUCUUCUGUUCUGAAAACUGGAAGCUGUUCUGGAGGCAGAGGAGUCAGCUCUAGCAGCCGAAGCCUUGUCAACCUCGGUGGGCACAAGAGCAUCCUUACCAGUGUGGCAGGUGGAGGCCAAGGAAGCCUUGGCUAUGGAGGCUACACAGUGGUGGGCCUUGGUAGUGGACGUUUAAAUGGUGGAAGUUUUGGAAUGGGAGGCUUUGGCCUCAGUGGCUUGGGAGGAGUUGGUCUGGGUGGUGGAUCCUUUGGUCCUAACAUCUACCCUGGUGGGAUCCAUGAAGUGAUCACCAAUCAGAGCCUUUUGGUGCCUCUGGAUGUGAAGAUAGAUCCAGAGGUCCAACAGGUGAAGACUCAGGAGCGGGAGCAACUCAAGGUCCUCAACAACCAAUUUGCUACCUUCAUUGACAAGGUGCGGUUCCUGGAGCAGCAGAACCAGGUACUGAAGACCAAAUGGGACCUGCUUCGGCAGGUGGACAUCAGUACCAGCACAACCAAUUUGGACUCCAUCUUUGAAGCCUACCUCAGUGGCCUGCGGGCCCAGGUAGAUGAUCUCAAGUCCCAGAAGAGCCAGCAGGAUGCAGAGCUGAAGACCACUCAGGACUCAGUGGAAGACUUCAAGAAGAAGUAUGAAACAGAGAUGAACACCCGUACAAAUGCUGAGAAUGACUUUGUGGUGCUUAAGAAGGAUGUGGAUGCUGCUUAUACAGUUAAAGUUGACCUUACCACUAAAGUGGACAGUCUGCAGCAAGAAAUCGAAUUCCUCACGGUUCUGUAUGAGACUGAAUUGGCCCAAGUGCAUAAAACUGUCAGUGACACCAAUGUGGUCCUUUCCAUGGAUAACAAUCGUACCCUGAACCUGGAUAGCAUCCUGGAGGAGAUCCAAGCUCAGUAUGAAGAUAUUGCCCAGAAGAGUAAGACAGAAGCUGAUACUUUGUACCAGACCAAGUACCAAGAGCUUCAGAUCACUGCAGGGAAACAUGGUGAAGAUGUUAAGGUACUCAAGACUGAGAUUAGUGAGCUGAACCGAACGAUUCAGAGACUACGUGCAGAAAUUGACCGUGUCAAGAAACAGAAUGCUGCAAUAGAACAGGCCAUCCUGGAGGCUGAGCAGAAAGGGGAGAAAACUGUCAAAGAUGCCCAGGACAAGCUGGCCCAGUUGGAGGAUGCCCUGCAACAGAGCAAGGAAGAUCUCACUCAGCUGCUCCGGGACUACCAGGAUCUGCUGAAUGUCAAGUUGGCCCUAGAUGUGGAGAUUGCUACCUACAGGAAGCUGCUGGAGGGAGAAGAGAGCAGGCUUUCUGGACACGUGUCCAGUGCUGUGAGCUACUCUGUGGUUACCAGCAGUGUCUCAUCUACUGGAGCAGCAUCAACAAGCCUUGGUUAUGGGAGCAAGAGCUCCGGAGAUGGCAGCAACAGACACAGCUACGGAAUUGAAUAUAGCUCUGGCACCAGGUCCAGCGCUAUGCAUGCUACUUCCAAAUCUGCAGGAGCCAGCUCUGGCUCUGGAACCCAAGAAUCUAGUUCUAGGAAGGGUUCCAGCUCAGAGCAGGGAAGUCAGGAGGGCUCCUAUACCCGAGUGAAGUUCUAAAGUGGCUUAGAUUUUUGGUAUCCUCAAGCUUGCUUAGAUGUGAUUUCUCCUGUUCUGGCCUCUGAUCCAACCUUCAUCAUGUUAUGCCAUCUGAGGAUGGAGGUCUCAUGAAUCAAAAGCAGAUCUCUUUUCUCUACACUUCCUUCUCAGUGAAAUUGGGAAGGCAGGAGGAGGAGUGUUGUUGGGUUGUUCAUCUUUUGUCUCCCUUCCUACUUGGUCUUUUCUAUUAUUCCUUUUCCAUGCCUUGAAACUCCUACCACUCCUUAUUCCCUAUCAGACUGCUGAAAGAAGCCUGUUCUUCUCUUCCUCCUUUUCCACCCAAUCCUGGUUCUAAAUAAGGGGUACAAUUAUGAGCCAAUUGGUGUCAGCCCUAGAUUAUCUGUCCCAAUGGAGGGGAGAUAAUUCACAGUAAUGAAUUCUCCAAAAAUUAUGUGUAUUUGGGGUGUGAAUUGUAUGGCAUUAUUAUUUUUUUUGACAACAGGGUUUGUUUUCUGCUCAGGCAGAUUUUCCAUCUCUGAAUCCAUCUCAAACAGUGGAGAACAGAUAAAGUCCAGGAGCAUGCUAAAGGGCAGGAACUCAAGCCUUUCUAUAAAAAGCAUAAUCUAUAUUUGAAUCAUUGAGACUACCUGACCUCUCACAUCUGCCAUUUCCCAGAACCCAGUAGGGUGGGUUCUUCCUUGGUUGUUUUUUAUUUUUGGACACAGUAUUACUCUUGGAGGGUAUAAUUAAAACCCCACGAAAAGGAUCAAAGGUGUAAUUGCCACCAAAUGGAGUGUUUGGCACAAUAGUGGGCUCCCUGGUAGCUAUCUAAUCUCAGAUUGAGGAUGAAUAUUCCUUCUGAGUAAUUGGGUUAGGUGAGAUGUCAGAAUUAAGCUGAGGCUGAUAACUGUUUGUGGAUGAUACCUUCUCUUGUAGUCUAUGCUUUUGUGCCUUGUUUUAAAGCCUUGAAUGUUCUUCUUCCCCUUUCUCCCAAUCUUAUCAAUAAACUUCAUUAAAAAAGUCA